AUGGCACUUGCCGUCAUGAUUCAGGUCACAAGUGCUACCACUAGUGCUAUUGCCUCCUGGUAUGGAGGUAACUUGGACGGGGGUAACUGUGCAUUCACUGGGUACACUUUGCCGUCCGGCGUCCUGGGGACUGCCCUGUCAUACACCAACUACAACGGUAACUGUGGCACAUGUCUUAACGUUAAAGGGCCCAAUGGUAACACCAUCAAGGUCAUGGGGGCCGAGGUUGUCGACAAAUGCCCCGAGGGAUGUGCAGCCGGCCAACUCGAUCUAUUCCCUGAUGCUUUCGCAAAGCUUGACAAUCCAGACAAGGGUCUGAUCAACAUUCAGUGGGAACAAGUUUCGUGCGGCAUCACAUCACCCCUAAUUCUCCGCAACAAAGUGGGAACCUCAAAGUGGUGGUUCUCCAUGCAAGUCAUGAACCAUAACUACCCUGUCACCAAUUUCGAAGUCAGUAUCGACGGGGGCAAGACUUGGCAGCCCACCAUCCGCCAGGACUACAAUUACUGGCAGAAGAGCAGUGGUGAUGGUUUCAACGUAGACACCAUGACCGUCCGGAUCACCUGUUCCAAUGGUAAUCAGGUGGUUGUGAAUAACAUCGGAACCAAGGGAGAGGCUCAAUUCACCGCUUCUGGAAACUGCUGA